CAGCAUUCUUUAUUCAUGUUUUGCACAAAAGUCGCGCAAGUUGGCCACAGAUGUCAUUACUUUCGUGUACUCCACACAGAAAAAGACACCAUGAUGCCGACCAAACACGUUCUAAGUGGUCACAACGAGGAGAUGAAACCUGCUGACAGAUUCUUUUUGAACGGUCUGAAACAAAGUGCAUUUAUUUAGAUUAAUUCAGUCUCUUUCCAAUCUCUAGAAACUCCUCCCACCUCCUGCAGGAUUCCCAUCCCAUGAUAAAUCAAUUCCUCAUUUGAGAACUUUUUCAACUCUUGAAGAUAUUCUAUCUCUUCUUCCUCUCUAUGUGAGUUUGUGUUCAGGUGCGUGCUUGGCCGGAUCCGUCGAAUGGCUGUAUCGCUAGCGCCAGUUUGGUGGAGAAAUGGAAGUGAUGGAUGCUGGAAAAUCACUGAAAGUAAGGCGUACAACAUCGGCAGCUCAAUCCCAAUCUUUUGGAAUUGAUGGUCUUUGGAAUGGAUGGUUUUGGGAAAUGCUUUUCUUAUUUAGUUGGAUGCAGAACAAAGCUGGGAGUCGUUCUGCAACGACAAAAUCCCUGAAGGUUGAUGACCAUGAGGACAUGACAACAGAGGAAUCCUACUCCUACAGGGAACAAGUUUUGAAGAGUGAAGGUUUUUACGUUGAUGUACUCGCAGCUUGCAAUCAACGAAUACAACCAUCGCUUCAAGGAUGCAAAUGUAGAGUUCAGUUUGUGAAGGUUUUAAAAACAAUGUCUCAACUUGUUGACAUACUCAGGUUUUAUACCCUUGAGAUCAGGGAUAUUACUGAUGGUGGCAAGACUAAGACCUACCAAGCUGUGGUAUUAUUGGAAGUACACUAUGAGAUUACAUUGUCAUCCUUUAAGAUAAAAACCUACCGAAGAUGAGAAAGAUUACAGUCACGGAAAAGAAUGGUUUUGGAAAGAUAUUUGGAAAUGUCAUAUACUUAGAGUUUGAUCAGAAGAUUUUUCAAAGGUUCAAGCUUAUGGAGUUUAAGAAGUUGUUUGAAAUAUGACUUACACAAGCUAAAUGAAAUGGAAAGUAUUACCAAAAGUGUUUAUUUAGUCUUGGAAUGCUAACAUACUAUUGCAGUCAUGGGAAAGAAUCGUUUUGGGAAGAUUAUCUUUGCAAUGGUCAUAUACUUGGAGUUCGAUCUGAAGAUUUGGUGUCAAGCUUAUGGAGUUUAAGAAGGUUGUUUGAAAUAUGACUUGUACAAGUUAAAUGGAAAGUAUUACCUUUAGUGGUUAUUUAGUCUUGGAAUGUUGGUAUACAGUUGCUUGCUUAACUGUGUUUGCAAAACUGCUGUAAUCUAUGUGGGCAGCUGCAAUGUAUGGUAACUCUCUUCCAAGAGAUUAUGCAACGUGCUUUUGUCAAAAAAAAAAAAGGCUUAUCAAUGUUUGAGUGCUUCUUCUUUAAUUAGAUCUGAGGUGCCAGUUUGUAAUAUUUUAUUAUUUUAUGAGUAAUGUCAUAUACAGUUAUGGGUUGUAUAAA